UUGCUCAACUGUUCAGUAUCGGACUGCUUUGGUUGAUGCGCGCAAUGUUACGGAAGUCGUCAUUAGGUAGCUCGAAUGGGUUGCGUUCCAAGCUAACUCACGUUGAUUUAAUGUAAAUUAUAUUUAAGUAGCAUACCGAAAAUUUGACACGGGAUACUCUCAUGAAGCUCAAAGAAUUAGAAAGCUGUUUACAGCAACUGGACACGUUUGAAAAACCUAAAAUACUUCUAGAGCAGUAUCCAACCAGUCCUCAUAUUGCAGCAUGUAUGCUUUACACAAUCCAUAGUACGUUUAACGACAUCGAAGGUAAAAUGGUGGCAGAUCUUGGAUGUGGUUGUGGAAUCCUAAGCAUCGGGGCUGCGAUGCUUGACGCUGGUUUUUGCACAGGCUUCGACAUUGACGACGACGCGCUGGAAAUAUUCAGAAGAAAUGCUGAAGAAGUGGAGCUCGCUAACGUGGAUUUGGUCCAGUGUGACUUGUGUUGCCUGGAGGCAGAAGUGUAUGCCAAAAAGUUUGAUACUGUUAUAAUGAAUCCACCAUUUGGAACAAAACACAACCAAGGCAUGGACAUGAAGUUCCUCCGCACUGCUUUAACAAUGGCAAAUAUAGCUGUAUACUCACUUCAUAAGACAUCAACACGAGAGCACAUACAGAAGAAAGCCAAUGACUGGGGUGUAAAAAUGGAAGUCAUUGCAGAACUACGAUAUGACUUGCCAGCAUCUUACAAGUUCCACAAAAAGAAAUCGGUUGACAUCCAGGUGGACUUCCUACGAUUCUCCAAAGCCUGAAGCUCUCACUGGAAUGGAUAUAAGAUGCCUCUGCAUUUUUGUCAUUUGUAAUAAAUGUUUUUUUACUCAAGAAAAA